AUGGCACACUUCAGGUCUCUUCUUUUACUUGCUCUAUUUACCUUCUCUGGAGUGGCGGUGGAGGCAACAGGCCCUGGUGACAACGGGUUCGUGGGAUUGAGAGAUAACUACUACAGGAAUUCAUGCAAGGACGCGGAGAAGCUCAUAAAGAAGGCCGUUCAGGCUGAACUCGCGAAGAACCUCAAGCAUGCAGCUGGUGUCCUUCGUAUGCAUUUCCAUGACUGCUUCGUUGAGGGGUGCGAUGGCUCUGUACUGCUCGACGGGCCUGGAACGGAGAAAACAUCUCAUCUGGCAGGUUUUGAAGUGAUCGACGCUGCCAAAGCUGCCGUGGAAGCAGUCUGUCCUGGCGUUGUUUCAUGCGCCGACAUCCUUGCUUAUGCAGCUCGCGACAGCACAGUCGAGCUAAACGGCACAGGCUGGGCCGUGCAAGGUGGAAGAAAAGAUUGCACUGUUUCCCUCGCGUCUAGAGCCGAAGCCGAGCUGCCACCGCCAAUGUUCGAGGUGUCUCAGCUCAUAGAUUCUUUUGCUCGGAGGGGAUUAUCGGCCAGGCAGAUGGUGGUUCUGUCCGGGGCGCAGACGGUGGGAGUGGGAUUCUGCGACAAAUUCGUUUCGCGCCUCUACGAUUUCAACUCAACCUUCUUCACGGAUCCCUCGAUCGACCCUGCAUACGCCACGGAGCUCAAGAACAUUUGCCCCCAGCACAGUUUCAACACCUCCAUCGAAGUGUUCAUGGAUGUUAUCACCCCCACAUCUGCAGGCGUGUUCGAGGCCAACUACUACAAGACGCUGCAGGAGCACAAGGGCCUCCUCACAUCGGACCAGUCGCUUUUCGACGAUAGCCGCACAAGGGCCGUGGUGACAUCGCUGCUGAAUAAUCGUCGAUUCCAGAAGGAGUUCGGAAAGGCCAUGCGGGCUAUGGGAGCAGUAGGAGUCAAGACAGUGGGCCAGAUUCGCACCAAGUGCAGUGCGGUGAACGAAUAG